AUGGUAUCUACAACUCGAUCGCAAGGUAGCCGCGGCUCGUCAGGUAAGGCCUUGACGGUUGAGGAGCUGCGUGCGCAAUGCUAUGAAACUGCGAAGAAAGCCGAGAGGCUGCAAAAGAUCGUCGACGAAUUCGAAGUGACCGCCUGCCCCAAAGGACACGGCGCUCGGCGAGCAAGAGCAAAGAAGCAACUGCGCAAGGCUAAAGAUCAGCUUUAUCGCACUGCUGUCGCAUGUUCUCGUCUAGAGUGCCCGCCGUUAUUACAAGCCUUGCAAGACCACCUGCCGCGAGAGCUGCGCGACAUGGUCUACGCUGAACUGAUGGACUUCCAGAAUCCAGUGUCUGACAUCCGACUAGUGGGCAGGGACAUGGCCGCUAGUGUCACUGAGAGCCGAGAUCCCUACUACGUUGAUCCCACCAUCGUCGGUAAAGAGGCGGCGCUAGAGUUUUUACAACUUCGUUACCGACGUAGCCGCUUUGACAUCCACCAUGACGCUCUGAUAAGGAAGGUUCUCGAUCAAGAUGCGUGGAGGCAGGAUAUCCAACCGAAACGCUGGCUCUCCACGAUUCACAUCCACUUGCCAGAGGACAUUUAUCAGCUUGAAGAGCGCAGGUACUUACUCAGUCAGCGCUUCGAGUUGUUGAAGGAGCUCACCAAUACCCGAGCACGUAUUGAGGUGUUCUUCCCUGACAGGGACCGGUACUGGUAUAUCUACAACGUCAAGUCCCAAAGUAUGAAGCAUGUCACCGAUCCAGCUUUACGCCAAGCCAUGAUAGGUUAUGCUCAAAGAAUAGCAGCCUCGAACACCGGAACAGAGAUUUAUGCCGCUACUCACAACGAAGAUGUCCGUCUCAUCAUGGAUGCCAUAUUUCCGAGCCUGGUAGAUCUGAAGGCUCGAGGUCACCAGAUUCAUUUGAACGAUAGGAUUAGUGGGUGGACGUGGACGGCUGGAGAGGAUGGUGCCUCAUUUGCUGAUGCGUGGACAGAUCGCAGGCAAUAUCGUAAGAGUUUCAGUCUACAUGUCAUCGCGGAGAGACUGAGAGCUGAGAAGGAACGAUUUGACUCUACGCUGCAAGAGCUGAAAUCGUGGAAAGAAAAGCAGCUUUCGACUCUCGAGGACAUCGAGAAACGACUUGAUCCAAAAUCUCAAAGCGGUCCACCGUCCCUCGCCGACCCGAUCAGCAAGGACACAGCUACAUUGAAGCUCGGUUUGGCAGAGCGUCGUAUCAAUGCAGAGCUUCGGAAGCGUUCCGAGGUUGAACCGAAGGAACUGUACAUCCACCAGACGCUCGCGGAUGUCCUCAGAGAAUACGCCAAGCUCGUACACCCCAGUCUCCUCGACAGAAUGUUCGGAUUGCUACCAUCAGGGAAGCUACCACGGGAGGUUAGGGGCAUGGUAUACGACCAUCUACUCCCUAGGGAGAACACUUACACUAUCAAGUUAGCAACAGACAACACUGGCUUCUCCAUCCACAAAGGAGCAUCGGACGGUAUUAUACCUACUCCACCAGUCGGCUGUCCAUACCCCAUGAUAUCAACCACCCACCCACUAGCUGAUGAGAUCCUCGAAAGAUUCCAUUGGAGAACGACGUUCAUCAUUCAGAAGUACAUGUGCGCACAGCCGUUGUCUAUCCACCAUAUUAUCGCAAAGCUUCCGUGGUGGUCGAACAUCGAUGCAAGUGUACUCCCCGAAAACAUCGCCGGCCGCAUCACCUUCGUCAUGCGUUUUGACAAUAGUUGGAGGAUUGAGUCAGAUAUGGAGGAGACUAUUGGAGAUUUAAGAAAGAUCUUGAGCUCAGCCAGUCUCGGCGUAACUGUCUCUCUUUCGAUUUUUCCUGCUGACAGUAAGCGCGGCGUCGAGUUCCUUGAUCUAGCAAAACCACUCUUGCUUGAGUUGCAGGAGAAGGGCCACGAGGUUCGCAUGAUCGACUUGGCUUGUUGGACAAAGAUGCACAGAUGCAAAGAGCCACCAACAUGA